AUGGACGUAGACGUGGACGUGGACGUGGACAUGGACGUGGACGUGGACAUGGACGUGGACGUGGACGUGGACGUGGACGUGGACAUGGACGUGGACGUGGACGUGGACGUGGACGUGGACAUGGACGUGGACGUAGACGUGGACGUGGACGUGGACGUGGACAUGGAGGACGUGGACGUGGACAACUUGGACGUGGACAUGGACGUGAACGUGGACGUGGACGUGGACGUGGAGGACUUGGACGUGGACAUGGACGUGGACGUGGAGUGGACGUGGACGUGGACGUUGACGUGGACGUGGACGUGGACAUGGACAUGGACGUGGACGUGGACGUGGAGGACGUGGACGUGGACGUGGACGUGGACGUGGACGUGGAGAACUUGGACGUGGACAUGGACGUGA